AUGCCGCGGCCGGGGAAGAGCUCGUACAGCGACCAGAAGCCGCCCUACUCGUACAUCUCGCUCACUGCCAUGGCCAUCCAGCAUUCGGCCGAGAAGAUGCUGCCGCUGAGCGACAUCUACAAGUUCAUCAUGGAGCGCUUCCCCUACUACCGCGAGCACACGCAGCGCUGGCAGAACAGCCUGCGCCACAACCUCUCCUUCAACGACUGCUUCAUCAAGAUCCCGCGGAGGCCCGACCAACCGGGCAAGGGCAGUUUCUGGGCGCUGCACCCCGACUGCGGCGACAUGUUCGAGAACGGCAGCUUCCUGCGGCGCCGCAAGCGCUUCAAGGUGCUGCGCGCCGACCACACGCACCUGCACGCGGGCAGCGCCAAGAGCGCCGUGGGCGCGGGGCCCGCGGGACACCUGCACUCGCAGCACCCGCACCCGCACCCGCACCCCCACCACCACCACCACCACCAUCACCACCACCACCACGCGGCCGCACACCACCACCACCCCGCGCCGCCGCCGCCGCCCAUGGCGCACUACUUCCACCAGCCGCCGCCCGCGGCCCCGCAGCCCGCGCCGCACCUCCCGUCGCAGCCGCCUCAGCCCGCGCCGCAGCCGGCCCCGGCCCAGCCCCCGCCGCCCCCGGGAAAGAUGCCCGAGGCGGCGGCGGUGGCGGCGGCGGCGGCGGCUGCAGCGGCCGCGGCCGUGGGCAGCGUGGGGCGCCUGUCGCACUUCCCGCCCUACGGGCUGAGCCCGGCCGCCGCCGCCGCAGCAGCAGCCGCAGCGUCCACGUCGGGCUUCAAGCACCCGUUCGCUAUCGAGAACAUCAUCGGCCGGGACUACAAGGGCGUGCUGCAGGCGGGCGGGCUGCCCCUGGCGUCCGUCAUGCACCACUUGGGCUACCCCGUGCCCGGGCAGCUCGGCAACGUGGUGGGUUCCGUGUGGCCUCAUGUGGGCGUCAUGGAUUCCGUGGCCGCGGCCGCGGCCGCGGCCGCCGCUGCAGGGGUCCCGGUGGGCCCGGAGUACGGGGCCUUCGGGGUGCCCGUCAAGGCCCUGUGCCACUCGGCGAGUCAGAGCCUGCCCGCCGUGCCGGUGCCCAUCAAGCCCACCCCGGCGCUGCCUCCCGUGGCCACGCUGCCGCCCGCGCUCACGGUUCCCGCAGCCGCGCAGCAGCCACCGGGGCCGUCCUCGGGCUGCCCCGCGGCCGCGGCCUCGGCCUCGCCAGCCGCCUCACUGCUGGAGCCGCCCCCCGGGCAGAGUGCGGCGGAGAGCAAGGGCGGCUCCUUGUGCUCAGUGCUGGUGCGCUCCUAGGGGUCAGCGGAGCAGCGCCCAGGAGCCGGGAGAGCGAGGCGCCCUGCGGAGGCCCAGCAGAGCUGGCCACCUGGAGCCCUCGAGGGCAAAGAAUGAACUGUCUGAAAGUGGAUUCUCCCGUGGUCUGAAUAAAUAUACAACUUGUGGUG